AUGUCAACAAAAGCGCCCCCGCCAAUACCUCCUCGACCUACCCGCUCUCCAAACAACGCCCCAAGCUCCAGCGCAAACCCACGAGAUACCCCCACGCCCAACAAGAACCAACGAAUUCCAAAUACGGUCUUCCUCAUAUCCAAUUGGAAUCAUCCAAUGUAUCGGCAAGCCGGGAAAUCCUAUAUCAAUGAUGAAGAGUCUGGCAUCCCAGAAAUCGGUCAAAGGGUGCCUAUGUAUCCUGAUGCUGGAGAUGUGCAAGCACCAUCGCCAUCUCCCGGACCAACUAGUCCCCAUGGAAAUCAAGAUGGACAUAGCAGAACCCGCAGCCGGCAAGAAUCUUCUAUCCCUCCUGGGAGUUAUGGCCUUCACGGCCAUGGGGUAACUCCUGAUGACCCGUUUGAAAAGUCCUGGUAUCAAAAGCACCCGAAAGAGCUGGCUCUGGAGGAGCAAGCACUUCAUAGAUCAGGCGUUGGCAGUCCACGGCCGGAGUGGGCUAUGAGUAGUGAAGGCCUGAAUGAGAUCGUCAAAUCAUCUGCCACUACAGGUACAUCCAAUGAAAUUAUGGGCACUCCUGAUGAGGAGAUAGGGAAUAUCAUGACUGAAGAACUAGCCUCUCGUCUCCAGUCCCCUCCAACAGAGUCUUCACUACAACAUGAGGUACGUGACGAGAAGCCCACUGUCGAGGCUUUAUCUGAAAGCCAGAAGGCAGCAGGUGGCACGGAUAGAACUCAUGGAUCUCAAGAAGUGAAGAUUCAUGUCAGCGAGCCUAUACAUCACCAGCAUCACCCCGAUGGUUUUGCGCUAGCACCAGAACCUGACGAUAAACAUGAGGGUGACGUACACGAUAAUGGGGAAGACGUUCCAGUCCUCGCAGCCGAUGAGGUUGACCCAAACUCCGCAGGAUUGCAGCCUGCAGUAUCCCCCUCCUUUGAACAUCGAAAUCGUGAACAUUGUAAACGUGAAACUGAGGCCUCCCAACAAAAACAGACUACCAGAUCUAUGAGUACUGUGAACAAAGCCCCUGACUUCCAACUUGAGGGUCAAAGUGGGAACGAAGCUACACCUGUCAAGCACACUAAAGAAUACGAACCCUUAUUCCCAAAUGAUGAUAACGAAAGGCAUCCCUCCCCAGAGCACCGUUUCAAGUCACCGGUCAGCCAGACACAUAGAUUCCCAAGUAAGGACAUAUGGGAAGAUGCUCCAAGUAGUACUCAACUACAUGCAACAGUGUCAACUCCAGAUAUACCCAAGCGGCCUAAAAGAAAUGGGUCAGAACCUGAGUCCCCCUUUGAGACGCCAGAACAGGAACAGGAAAGAGUGAGGGAAGCAGACAAACUUAAGGAGAAGUCAGGCUUGGAAGAAACACCAGUCCAUUUAGAUAAAUCAGAAUCCCAAGAAUAUCACUCGAAACAACGUUUUCCAAGUAGAGAUAUAUGGGAAGAAGCUCCCGAAAGCCAACAACUCACUGCUUCUGUGGAAAUACCUGAAGACUCGGAGAAGAACGAGAAGCUAGAAAAACCAUCCUUGCCAUCACUGCCUCCUCGGCCUUCAAGGCAACCGGAUCGAUCUUCUACAGAGGAGCAAACGGAUGUGUCACCCACAAAGACCCAGGUUGUCAGCCCAACUGAAUUAAAGAAACGGCCAUCAAUUCCUGAUAGGCCAAAACCACAGGUUCCCCAACGGCCUACUAAGAAGAAGAACCAUGAGGCGGGCGAAACAUUAACAAAAACAAUAUCUGGGGAGCCUACGGACGAAGCGGUGCGCCCAGUCCCGAGAGCCAAGCCAGCAAUCCCACCACGAGGCGUUGGUCCGAAGAUUGCAGCCUUGAAAGCAGGGUUCCUAUCUGAUUUAGACAGUCGUCUCAAACUUGGCCCACCGGCCCCCAAGCCCAAGGAGAAGGAAAGUGAAGAGGUAGAAAAGACAGUAGAAAAAGGUCCGCUUAGUGAUGCUCGCAAAGGGAGGGCUAGGGGACCGCCAAGAAGAAAGCCUGCUGUCAAGGCUAAUCCAGCAGUAGAGGAGAUUGCAAAGCCACAAACUCCUGAAAUCAAAAUUGCUGAUCCAUGGAAUAUUUGGUCCAUUGGUCCUGACGGCGAAGUGAAUGUCUCGAGUGGCCAGUCGGGUAAUUCUCCUUUCGAGCCCAAUGACAUCCAGUCAGAAUUUCCCGUUGCACCCCCACCUACGAAGGCAACGGUCUCACCUCCCAGUUAUUUGGAAGCCCAACCACCAGAUGCAUUAAACAUUAACAAGGCUGUGGAAUCCAUGGUGAUUCCCAAGGUUGAGGAUAACCAAGCCAUUUCUGAAGUACCUUCGCCACCAGCAGUAGAUGAGCCUGCUUCUUCCCAUUUAGCAUCCAGCGAACAUCAGGAGGAAAGUAACCCCCCGAUGGAAGCAGAUACCCACGAGCCGGAAGAAGAUAAAACCAAACCCGAGCCUUAUUCUGGACUGAAAGCGUCGGAAGAAGCCCCGAAUGCGGCUGGUAUUAUGGACAAAGAAGCCGGCAUUGAGGAGACAACUGUCCCGGCAAUCGAAGCCAUAGAAAUACCUGCUUCGGCGAUUGAGUCCAAGGUUGAGGCUGGAGACGCAAAUACCAGCGAGAAACAAUAA